AUGGCUGCUGACGUUCACGAGAAUGUUUUCAGCGAGGAGCAGCUUUUCACUCCGGACGUGCGGGGCGAAGACGAGGACUAUCCUGGUGAUCGUCGGAUCGUGCCGCCUGAAUGGUCCUCGGCCAUUGCUCUCGCGAAAUCUAAAGCAAAGCCGAGAGAGGUGCGACCGCUGGGUGAGGAGGCACCUGCAGCAUCAGCAGCUGGUCGUCGACGGAAAAGAGCAGCGGAUCGGGCGACGAAGAUCCUUGUAUGGCUCGAGAGCAAGUAUGAGAUUCUGCCUGAGGUUUGCUCCGAGUUCGAGAACUGGAAGGAGGCUUCCUCAGCAAAUGCUGACUUCGACUUGCUUUGGUGUGACUCAGCUAUCCCAGCAGACAGGUUCAUGAAGCUGAAGACCUACCAGAAGAUGAAUCAUUUUGUAGGGAUGAGCUCAAUCACUCGCAAAAACAACUUGGGUCGCAACUUGCUACGGAUGCGAAAGCAGUUCCCGAAGGAAUACAGAUUCUUCCCUGACACUUGGAUUUUGCCUACCGACAUGUCGGACUUCAAGCAGCAGUUUGCAGCUGCCAAGAAGCAAACCUUCAUUAUCAAACCCGACAAUGGCUGCCAGGGCAAAGGCAUCUUCCUGAUCCGGGAUGUCGAAAAGGUUCCAGUUGAUUUCUCUUCCACCUACGUUGCGCAGAGGUACAUCAGCAAGCCGCUGCUGCUGGAUGGCUACAAGUUCGACCUGCGGCUCUAUGUACUGGUGAGCGGCUGUGACCCGCUGCGGAUUUUUCUGCACAGGCGAGGGCUUGUGCGUCUGGCAUCAGAACAGUAUGUGGAGCCAACAAAGAACAACUUGUCUGAGGUCAUGGUUCACCUCACGAACUACGCUAUCAACAAGACAAACCCAAACUUUGAGGAGAACACGAAUCCAGAUGAUGCCCAGGAUGGUCACAAACGAAGUUGGGAGGCCGUCCAGGAACAUCUCCGACAAGAGGGGCAUGAUGUUGACACUCUCCUCGCAGAGAUUGAGGACUUGAUCGUCAAGACUCUAAUAGCCGUUCAGCCAAGCUUAUCGCAUUUUUAUCACAGCUGCCAGCCGGACGACGUGUACAAUGGCAUGUCGUUCGAGAUAUUGGGCUUCGACGUGAUGCUAGAUCAGAAGCUCCAACCAUGGCUACUGGAGGUGAAUCAUGCACCUUCUUUUGCCACGGAGUCGGAGCUGGAUCGACUGGUUAAGGAAGAGGUCCUGCGGGAUAGUUUCAACUUGUUGGACCUGAACCCAGAAGCACGUCGACAGAAGAAGCGAGAGGCAAGGGAGAAAAUGGAGCAGCGUGCCAUGGGAAUGGCGAAGAAAUACUGCAUUGAGGAUCGCGUAACGCAGGAGCGCGAGUUUGCAUUGCUGCGCACCGAGUGGGAAGAUCAACAGCUUCAAAGUUGUGAGAGUGGGUACAAGAGGCUAUAUCCUUCUCCAGAGAAAGAGAAAGACUAUUGGCAGGUUCAUGAUGCGGCAAUCAACAUUUGGGAGAUGCUCAUGGGCGGCACCUUCCGAAGGGCAGUAAGGCUGUCCGAUCCCGUCGAGAAGCCUGCGCUUGAAGACCGGGCGGAUAGCAAGGCUCGGGCAGGCUCCGCGAAGACAGCAGGAAACGAGAAGGACGAGCCUCUGAAGCCCGAGAAGCGAACAGCCGAGGAAAUCCGGGAGGUGGUGGAACGCCUGGCCCAGGGCUGCAGUGCCCGGCCACGCCGCAAUGCCUCACGACGCCGCUCUGGCAAGGAUGACGAUAAGGAUGAGACUGCUGCAGGUGUUGCACAGGAAGAAGCGCUGCCAGAGAAGGCCAUGCAACCGGAGAAGAGGAGCCAUACCAACAGGUAUGUGGACGUGCAGGUUGGGGAUGUGAUCAAAGUGCAGACCAACCUUGGGUGGGAGACGGUCACUGUCAGGGCCAAGCGUCCUGGCACGGGCAAGAUUGACAUUCAGUUCAAGGAUGGAGAGUACAUGCGAGCAGUCAUGCCCCGGAUUCUACGCAACAGCGAGGGUCAACCUGUGAAAGACGCUGUCCCGGAGACCGCCGCGCCAUCGGCGUCGCCAGCAUCCGGGCAACCGCGAGCCCGGCCUCUGGGCGUUGCUUUAGGCAGCUCCCCGGCAGCCCCAGUGCCAAGCUCGACUACGGGAGCGGUGCCCCAGAAGUUGGCUGGAUACAAAGGCGGGAUGAUGAGUCCUGCCGGCAACUCGAGAGGACAUCCAUUGCCCGCAGCCGAUGACCUGGCUUCUGAGCUGCCCACCGUCGCCCAGGACGCAUUGGUUGGAGUGCUUCUCGAGGGAUGUGGCGUCACUGAGAUAAAAGAUGCUCGAGGAACUACAUCUCAAAAACUGCAGGAUGUUAGAGGAGGAGAAGCUGUGGCUGGCUAUUCCGCAGCAGGUGAUGGGCUGCCAAGCCCUUCAGCCAGCACUGCGAGUGCUCCAGGCCGUGGGGUUCGCUCGAACGUGCCGCCGCUUGGAAAUCGGGCGCCGGCAGUACGGCUGAAGCAGCAGUUGCAGCAGCUGAUCUCAGCUCGGCCGAUCAUAGCUCCAAAGGUGGGGCGAAGUGGGUCUGUACCGCGCACCAGCCAGCAGCCCACAGCCCCCGAGCCACUUCUAGGGCAUGGCCUCGUUGGGUCAGCAUUGGCUCCGCGGCUGGAAAGCAAAGCAGCUAGGAGGCGUUCAUCGGAUACGUAG